GCAAAUGACGUAGUCGUACGAACUGGAAUUACUAGCGAAAUACUUGUUCAUCAACUUCAACAAGCUCAAAAGCAUCUUUUUACAGCCCUUAUUUUCCAUCAGAAGAAGAUAGAACAAGAAUAUUGAACCGUUUGAAAAUAUAGCUCAGGAGUGAACCUACAACAACUCUGCAAGAUGCCCUGCCUGCUCCCAAUGGGACAAGGAGCAUGCGAAACAGAGAAAAGAUAACACGGCCAAUGUCCAGGUAAGCAGAUGGAUUCUGGCCGUUCUGCUCUAGUAUUUGCGGGCGACGUCGUGAAUAGGAAUACGCUGGAACAACUAGGAAAGGCAAAGGUCGCAGUGAUGCAGCCAAAGUUUCCUACCCUCCCGAGAAGAAAGUGCAUUCGAAUACUCCAAGCGAGGUAUCUUUGUAUACUCCUUAGGUUUGGGAUUCAGAUUAUUUAAGUUUAAGUUUAAGAAUUUGGAUUCAUUCUUCAACGAUCUCGACGACUUUUUUUUGCACCAUUGAUAGAUUGAUUUUGAUGACCUCCUAUUCUAAAUCUUUAUCUUAAUCUUCUGCGAGCUCGGCUUUUCCUUUGGUGACGAGAGAUGAGGGUGAGCGGAGUACUGCCUGUUCUCUCUCUCCUGAACACCUUCACAACAAGCUCAUGAGCAUAAGGUCUUGGCAUACAACUCUGAUCAUGCAUCUUAAUCACGUGUCACGAUGUUGACGUCUAUCUUCGUGUUUCGUCUUCAUCUCAGGAAGUGGGAUGCUGCGAAGGCAUCCGCCAUGGCAUCUGCGCAUGUUGUUUGGUGCGAGCGCGUCGGGGAACCCGUAUUGCGAAAACACAUAAAUGAGAAGGGCGCCAACGCCAUGGAGUCUGCCUAUCUUAAGUACUACUCGAUUUGGCGAACCGGUUAUGUUAAUGCGAUUAUCGCAUUGGCAGCCCAACCUGCUGACAAAAGAAGAGUACGAAAAAUACGUGUCGUAUUUCUUGCGCCGCAAUCUCAGAACGGUAGACGAGCAAUUAAGCCAAGGAGAGGGGAACCGUUUUUGCCGAGGAUAUCGUGGUGUUAGUGUUUCUUCUUGUACCGAGAAUAGUCGACUUUUUGCUUUUCUUAUUUUUUAGAUAGUCGUGGCUGUGGGUAAUUCAGGCGAUUCUCGUGUGUGAAGGGUCUACUAGUAUAACAUCAAAAACAAAGACCAGAGUACUUACGUCAUCUUCUUACACUACAACAAGGUAG